UGCCGCCUACGAGUAUCGAGAUGGCGGGCCAUGUCCAGGACGCUAAGAUCACCGUGAGGGCUGGAGACUCCAUCUCUCUGGAGUGUCUCAUUAAGGACUCCAAACCUGUUGCCCAAGUCACGUGGUACAGAGGCAGUGAAGUCCUCAGGUUAGAGUCCCAAGAAGAUACUCGAGAGGACUCUGAGACGAACGCUCACUUGGCCUCUCUACGGACGAAGAUAACCUUCACUCCAACGCACUCAGACAACGGCAUGGAGUACAGCUGCCACGCCCUCCACCCUGCACUCCAGCACUCCAACACUCAGAAGGUGGCCAGAGUACAUCUUGACGUCCACUACGAGCCCGGAGCGCCGGAGAUAACAGGCUACACGGAAGGGGAGAUCGUUCGCGCCGGGGACCGCAAGACACUAACUUGUCGCGCCAGGGGCGGCAACCCCCUGCCGGAAGUCUUCUGGUACAAGAACGGGGCGCAGGUCGACAAGAACUUCAUCAAGCACCGGAGCUACGCCAUCAACGAGUACUCGUUCCAGGUGGAGGCGUCGGACAACCUGGCCAGGUACGAGUGUCACGUCUUGAACGUCAUGACGACGGAGCCCAAGAAAGCGGAGAUACAACUUAGGGUAAACUUUGCCGCCUCUUCGGUGACGAUUUCCGGGCCAGACGAAGCCAAAGUCGGGGACGUGAUCGCCAUCAGCUGUGUGGCUGAGAAUUCGAAUCCUCCCGCCGACGUAACCGUCGUUAUCAACGGCCAGACGCCGCCCGGGGCCACUUCGAGGACCCAGAAAGUGGACCACGGAGGCUGGCGGACCAUCACCAACCUCACCAACUACGAAGUCCGACCUAUUGACUCCGAUCUCACCGUCAACUGCUACGCGCUGAACCAGGCUCUCGGCUCCACCAAGAUUGACACGAAGGUCGUCAGUGUUCUGCGCCCCCCGGAAGCCCCCGUCAUCCUUGGCUACGAGCCGGGUCGCCUGCUGAAGAAGGGCAACCCGCAGAGGCUGACGUGUGUAAGUAACGGAGGGAACCCCCUGGCAACGCUUCGCUGGUACAAGGCAACGCAGCCGUUGUCGGCGGAGACCCGACAUGACUCCGGCGCCGCCAUCUCCGAACUGGACGUCGUGUUGACGGAGUCCGACAACGAGGCUGAGUACCGCUGUGAGGCGACUAACUCAGCGACCUCAGAGCCUCUGGUUAACUCAACCAUCCUGAGUGUCAUGUUUCCUCCGUCUGGAGUGAAGGUGAGUGCUCGCCCCCGGGCUAUCGUGGCCAACACGCAGGCGUCGCUGGUGUGCGAGUCCGCCUCCAGCAACCCCCCGGCCAACGUGACAUGGUGGAGAGACGGCUUCGAAGUCCAGCCUGGAGACUCUCAAGUCAACGCCGGCCAGUUCGGUGGCACCACGACCAAGUACACAGUGAAGGUAGACGUCACUGCUGAUGAUGACGGGGCCGUCUUCACCUGUCAAGCCGACAACCGCUUUGGCACCACCACUCACGAUGCUGUCACGCUCUCCGUCCAGUAUCCACCCGUGUGGGUUAUCAUGCCGAGCAAGAAGGUGGGCGUGAACGAGGGCGAGAACGUCCUGGUGAACGUGAGCGCCCGAGGGAACCCCGUCGGCGUCACGUACCUGUGGCGACGGGGCGAGGAGGUUGUGAUGGCUGGCAGUCUGCUCAACAUCACCGGCGUGGCUAAGGACCAGGCUGGAGUGUACACCGUCGAGGCCUCGAACUCCCAGGGGGUUACUACUGCCAACCUCACCCUCGAUAUCAAGUACGGCGCGAUCAUCACUUCAAUCAGCGGCGGUCGCAACCUGUCUGUAGGGGAGAGCGUGACCUUGGUGUGUAGAGUGGACGCCAGACCGGAUCCGGAUAUCAGCUGGGGUCGCCAGGGGUACAACUUCGCCAGAACCGAACACAAGAAACAUCUGUCUGAGAACGUGGUGGAGAUGACAAUCAAGAACGUGACCACAGAGGACACGGGCAUCUUCACCUGCCGGGCCAAGAACGAGGUCGGGGAGGAAGCCACAGCCAACACCACCAUCGUUGUCAAGCACAAACCCAUCAUCGACAAGUCGGCCAAGUAUCAGAAAGCAGCUGCCGAAGCUGGACGGAGCGCCAGGCUCACCUGCAGAGCUUCAGGGGCGCCCUAUGUACACUUCACUUGGUAUACGCGAGAUAACACCCCCAUAGAACCCGCUAUCUAUGCUCGCUUCGAUAACAGAUACAUCGUCGAGGACACCAAGCUGGUGGACGAGCUGGUGACCUACGAGAGCGUGUUGCUGGUGAAAAACAUCACCAACAAGGACUACGGGUUCUUCGAGUGCCAGGCACAAAACCCCCUUGGGUCUUCCCGCUCAGCAAUUCAUCUAGAUGGCACCAGCAAGCCAGACACCCCACUCGACCUCAAGGUCGUCAACUUCACCCACAACUCCGUGGACGUGCAGUGGACUCCCAGCUUCGACGGAGGUCUGCCCCAAAAGUUUCGUGUCAGGUUCCACAUUACCGACACGAAUAGAUACCAGUACACUGACGUCUAUCCUGAGAAUGCGACGUCGUUCACGGUGACGGGUCUAGCUCUCGGGACCGGCUACUCCUUCAGUGUCUUGGCGUACAACGACAAGGGCGUCUCAGAGUACACCAAGGCUGAUGUUCAAGCUGUUACCUCCAGCACGGCACCGGCUACGGACACGCCCCCGACCGUGGCACCAGGUGCCAGGGUCUCUGGCCUCAUCGUCGUCAUCAUCACGCUGGUGGGUGCCGCUCUCCUCGUCCUCAACGUGGCCCUCGUCGCCUGCUUCGUCAAACGCCGCGCCCGCAAGCGGCUCACAGCCUGCUCGGACAAGGGGUCCAGCAAGAGCACCACUAUAGAGAUGUACGCCCCAUCCUCUUACACCGGCACUGUUACUGGAGAGACCUUGUCCUCUAUCUCUGAGAAGUCGAGAGAGAGCUACGCCCAUGAGGACUCGGGUGACGAGUACGCCACAGAGGCGGCCAGAGUGACUGCUGCCAGCACCUACCUCAUCGAGCAGCUGGAGCCCCCACCACAAUACGCCACCAGACCCCCACCACACAUCCUGCCCCCGCCUCCCUCCCACAACGACCUCAACAUGGACGACCCGUACGACGACGUCCGACGCAACCAGUACAACGCCGCUCUAGACCGUGCGGCGGCGGGGUACGGCACCUUGGGCAGGCGCAACACCACGCCGGACCACUACAACAUCAACACCACGCCGGACCACUACAACAUCAACACCACGCCGGACCACUACAACAUCACCGCUGCCGAUGACCACUAUCCGCUCCCCAACCGUUACAACACCUACCAGCCGCCCCCCGCCCACACCCCUCUCACCGCCCACACCCAAAACAACGGGUCACUUCGGAGGAACCAACCUUCCAAGCUCCACUUUCCCAAGGACUAUAUCCGCAAUGGCUCCAUGAACAUCCCGGUGUCGUCGUCGUCGUCGUCGUCUUCGGCGGGAAUCGGCAGCCAGUACAGCAACAAACCCCAGUCUCCGACACGCGCCCACCCGCCCACACACACGCCCAUGCUCUCCACCUUCGCCCCGGACGCCAGUCCACCUUCAGGCAUGCCCUUGGAGCACAGAGGUCAUCUGGUGUGAGGCCAGAGGUCGCGGCGGGAAAAAAUGUGUGUCUUCAUCAGCCGAGGCCAAAAAAUAAAGUGACGAAAGAGAUCAAAGUGUACCUCGAGUCGGCCAAUUAUCUCGCCGUCACCAGGUGAGUGAGGCAUCGCUCAUCGCAUCAGCGCUCUCCUCCGAUCUCGUAGCUGUCCGGGUGAACGCUCACUGUUUGCGCUCCCUGUUGACGCUCCCUGUUGACGCUCCCUGUUGACGCUCCCUGGUGCGCUACCUCCAGACACUGCCUGUUGGCACUCCCAGCAGGCAGACGGCAGCUCAACUUGAAGUUAAGAACGCUGCCUGCUCAUGUUUACCAAUGAGCCUCUUCAGUAUUAGAUUGGAAACUGUUGAUUAGAAGUGACGUUUUCUUUUAACGAGUUCUCAAAGGACCUGAAUGAGUUGACUAAUGCUGUAAACGUUGGUGGUGAUUAAGUGAUACAGUGGAAUAAUCAAAUGAACUAAAAUCACAUUGAAAGCGAUUAACAAAUUUUGUUUUCCAUUUCGAAAGCUAAUAAGCUUGAAGAGUUUUGAUAAUCGAAUGCCGGUGGGGAACUGGCAGAUUUCGGACUUCUUAAAUCUGUAGUUUUGUGUAAAGUGACUUUAGAGAGGAUCUCGUUGAUGGCAUUAUGGAAAACCUCAGUCAAACUGUGUUCUAAGAUACCUGGAGGAUUGUGCCAGUGUGAUCUUCCAGAAGUGAUACGAAAGGCUCAGUUUGUCAGUCAGCUUCGUCACAGUGAGGAAAACUGUUAAUCUUUAACAUUUGGAAAAAAAAGACUGGUCUUACACGUCCCACCAUAUAACAGCUGGGUACAAAAAAAGAGAGAGAAGGUGUUGUGGGGAUCAACUGUUUUGUGUCGUAAAAUAUUCUGGGCAACGAGUCUCAAUAUUCUCACUUUUUUAUUCACUUAGAAGAAAAGUAAGUUUUAUUGAGCGAGCACACAAGGGGUGAAAGUCACUCUCACACUGAUGUUUCUUCGACAAGUGAAGACGCUCUUAGGCGCACAUAUCAGGAACAGUUUUGAGUUUCUCUUGCUUCUCUAAGAGAAGUGAGCAAGAUAGUGUGAGGGCGGUGCGAAGGUGGCUCAGUGUGGUCGAAUCACGAAGUGUAAAUGCUCAAAAAUGUGAUGUAAGAUAGUGUAAUUUUAGGCAUCUGUUGAGGAGGUGAGGAAAGGACUCUGGACUUGAUUGCUCUGUGUGCUUCCCCAUUCCCAAAGGGGCUCCAACGUGCCCUCAACUCCAUCUCCAAAGGGGCUCCAACGCGCGCUCAACCCCACCUAUUCCUUUGCUUCUUAAGAUAAUUAAUCAUUCCCAUCAAAACGUGACAAAGAGUCAAGAGUUCACUCACACCCUGCCAUAGUUAAGGGUGUUAUGAACAGAGUGUGUGUGUGUGUGUGUGUGUGUGUGUGUGUGUGUGUGUGUGUGUGUGUGUGUGUGUGUGUGUGUGUGUGUGUGUGUGUGUGUGUUCGAUCGUGUGCAUCUGUGUGUGUGUGUGUGUACGUGUCUGAGUGGUGUACGCAUCAUAAUUACCAUGCCAUGGUAUUACCAAAACUGGAACACUGUGCUUAUUAUAGACGCAAUCGUGAAGGGCAUGAAACAUUGGUGAUCCAGGCAGACAUGGAAGUGCCUUGUAGUGGAUCCUGGCGCUGGGUUCCAUUUCACAGGAAUCUCGCUGGGGUUAUGUUCCAGUACUUUUUUUUUAUCUCUCUCUCUCUCUCUCUCUCUCUUUGUCGCUGUAAAGCCUGGCACAAUCUAGACCUUCCCAUGGCACAGCCCUGGCUUCAACUCUGUGGGCAACCCUAAGGUUCAAUUGACACUGUGGCUCACAGAAGCCUGUGAUUAUCAAACUGUAGCACAACUCCUGGGCUCAACUCCUGGGCUCAACUCCUGGGCUCAACUCACUUUCUGGUUGGCUGCGUCAUUAAUCUCUAACGGAUAAAGCUCACAUUUUACAAUGGUCAUACCUUAAAUGAUUAACUGAAGUGCUCAUCCCGGCUUGCUUUGAUUCUGAACCACUUUUCGAUUUUUUGAAGAGGAUGGAAUAAGAAAACUGCAAAGAGUCUUGUGUUAAAUUAAUGUUCCAUGGGAUACAUUUUUUAUCAUGUACUACUCCAAGAGCUUUUUUUGUGGGGAAAUUAUAAAUCUUGGCUAUUAUAAUGGGGAUCAGAGGAAUGAAUCACCACUGCAUUCCUCUCUAACUUUUGUCUUUACAAAUCAUGCUCUAAAAACAUCGUAGGUCCUGUGAAGCAUUUUCUUUAAUAUAUAUAUAUAUAUACAUUUUGACCAAAAACGUUUUUUAUACACAUAAAACAUUUAUAAUUUAAGAAAACGAAAUGCUUAAACUAUUUCUUAUUUUAUAUUGUGCUAUAUGUAUGUUUUUUUUUUUCUGCAUUUGCAAUUCAUUUUAAUAUUGUAAAUAUUUUGUUUGCUCUAAGUUCAAGCGUUACUUUAGUCAAUUCUGUGGCGCGAAACUUAGUCGUAAUAUGUUCAAAUGCUGUGCAGAUCAUAUGUUUAUAAUAUUUUUUCUUCUUAUGAUGUAAAAAUGUCCCUGCUUCUCUAUAAUGAGUCAUGCUGUUAACACACACACACACACACACACACACACACACACACACACACACACACACACACACACACACACACACACACACACACACACACACACACACACACAUACACACACACACACACACA